AUACGACUUCACCGGUACACUCGAUAAUCACCACCGACAAUCGCUUCUACCAAGAAUUCAGCCCGUCACUUCCAACACGCUAUUCAUUCCCUUCUCCCCGACCGAUAUCUUCAAAAAGCCGAAAGACUCCGCAUUCCAACAAACCAUCACGGUCACCACUCUAACCCAACCAGCCACAAUCCCCAACCACAACCAUGGGCUACAAAGAAACCUUUAAAUUCGACUCUGUCGACUACAUGAUCAAAGUCUAUCGCAUGACCGACGCCGAACUCGUUGGCCGCGAAGCCGCCAAACAACGCAAAGGUAUCGGCCACGGCACAAAAAUGACCUUCGGCGCCGCAGGCACCCUCGUCACAGCCGGUGGUUCGGCCCUCGGCGCCAUAUACAGCGGCCGCCAACUCUACAUAGCGGCCAAGAAACUGGAAAUAAUACGCGACGAAUUGAAAUCUAGAGGUAUACACUGCACGGAUCUGUCGGCGACGGAUAGGAAUGUCACGAUGGGUGUCAACGCCGUGAUUUGUGUUGCGUCGUUCGGGAUCGCGAGUUUCGCCACUGAGCCUUUGGCAGACUGUGUCACGGAGGCGCUUGUGCCGUCGUCUUCGGGGUUGUCGUUGGAUGUGGUUCCGGCGGCGAUUGCCAGCAAUGUCGCUGGGUGCGCGCAAGAUCUUGGUUUCGAUACUGGCGUCGCGCAGUCGGCGCUGCAGUCGGGGAUUUCCAUGCCCUCGGGGGCCGCAUACGAAGGCGUGCUGAGCUUCAAGAAACAGACGGUGCUUGCUGAUUCGAAAGAUUGCUGUCCGAUCACCAGCGCAGCGAAAGAUAAUGUCUACGCCGUCACGCGCACGCGUGGAGUAUCGUGUUAUCAUUGCCACAAGGCGAUUGAGCGCCAGUCGCAGUGGUUCUAUCGUUACACCCGGGACGCGGAAUCGCAAGUAAUCACCGGAGUCGAGGCCGAGUCCGAGGCCGCCCACGGUACCUUUACCCUCCAUUACCGCGAGCACCAGAAGGGCAACGAGACACCCACCAACCCCAUCGCCUCCACCUUCGCCUGGACACAAAGUCUCGUUAGGAUGGCGAGCUCGACCACACUCGAGGUCGUUUUUCAAGGGUUCGAGUCAUUCCUGUUUGGCCGACAGGAGAGUUGAGUGUUGUAAUUGGAGGAAAUUCAGCAAGACGACAAGAACUCGUUUGAAGCUGAAUGUUUUUGUGUGGCGC